UAUCAAAAAUGAAGCAUGCUACACACCCAUCAGAAGUCUGUAUCACUGACAUGCACAUGCUUCCUAAUAAAAAUAUUUGAAACAGAGAUUUGUAAUACCUAACUAUACCUACUUACCAACCAAACAUGUUUUUGUAAUGCUUUUUAAACAUUAGUCUAUAUUGAUCUUUAACCUCUCAUUGAGUCUGAAUGGCUGUGAUGCGUUCACGGUCCUCUGGUGUGUUUACUAGCCGCCACUAGUCGGCCGGUGGCGGUGCGGUGCCGCCAUACUGUCCGGUUCAGCCUCGCUCUCAGCGGGCAUUCAGAGAGGAUGCUGAGGCCUGCCAGUCCAACGACACAUCCCUCAUCAACCCGGGGCUAUUAUUAAGGCUGGACCGGGCUAUGGCUGCACCCAUCGCACAUUUCGAAGAUGACUGGCCUGUGUUGGGUGAUUUGAAGAUGGUGUCAGACCAGCGGCUGCUGCUGCUGCACAAAGGCCGAGUGUCAGCCACCGCCGCGGGCGAAGCAGCAGCAGCAGCAGCACCGCGGCUCCUCCUGGAUAAAGAGGACAUCCUCCUGGAGCUGCAAGACGGCAGCUUCUCCCCGGAGGACACCGGUGCUUUCAGGUCCAUGGAGGACCUGGUGAACGGGUUUGAUGAGAAGUUAUCGGCGUGCUUCCGAGAUUUUAACGCCGAGACGGAGAGCAUCGCUCCGGUGGAUGAGAUCACCGAGGAGUCGCUGCUGGAGAGAGACCAGAUCUGGAAGGCUUUGACCAGUAACUACGGGCGUGUGAUGCCGGUGGACUGGAAACAGUCUCGAACCUGCUCCCUCCACAUCCCCACAUUCAACCUGGAGGAGAAACCCAGAAAGACUGAUGUCACGGUGGAGCUGUCUGACGACGAGGAGCUGAGGGAGCAGCUGGACAUGCACUCCAUCAUCGUCUCCUGCCUCGCCGAGGAGCCCCUAUUCACAGCAGAGCAGGUUAUCGAGGAGAUAGAGGAGAUGAUGCAGGACUCUCCUGACAUGGAGGCAGGGCACAAUCCCUCUCAGUCGGACCUCUCCAUGCUCUCCUUGGACGUCCAGCGGUCCACCAGGAGCCCCAGCUACGAGUCCACGGUGAGGACCCUGAGUGUUGCGGAGCUGAAUGAACGUCUGGAGGAGACGGAGACGAACAUCAGGAUGUUCUCAGAAGACCUGGUGCAGCAGCUGGCUCUCAGGGACGAGCUGGACUUUGAGAAGGAGGUGAAGAACAGCUUCAUCUCGGCGCUCAUCGAUGUACAGAACCGACAGAAGGAGCACCGGGAGCUGCUGAAGAAAAAGAAGAAGCUUAAAGGUGGAGCUGGGACGUCACAGGGCCUCGCGGAGAAGACGCGCGGAUCACGCUUCAGCGUGGAGGGAAUCUCCUCCGUCAUUCAGAACAGCUUCCGGCAAACUUUUGGGAGCGGGUGCAGUGAAAGACAGUAUUUGACCACAGUCAUUCCUUAUGAGAAAAAGGGACACCCUCCGUCGCUCGAGGACCUCCAGAUCCUGACUAAGAUCCUACAAGCUAUGAGAGACGACAGUGACAAGGUGCCCAGUCUCUUAACAGACUAUAUUCUCAAAGGUGAGCUUUUCUCUUUUUGUGUUCACACACUGUAGAAGUUGGUGGUGUGAUAUGUGGCCGAAAACACUCACUACUCAUAGUGGACUGUACAGGGAGUUUGCCAUUUUGCAGUGCUGUCCGAACGUAUAGUAAGAAUUAUUAUAAUCUGUAUAGUGCACUAACUGAGCACUAUAUACCAUCAUGCAUUGCGCCGAAGGAAAAAUGGCAGAUGGACGAGAGGGGAGCAAAAAUCCAUGAGUUGUGGUGCGAAGAUAAGAUGAUUAACAUGAGCAGAGCAGAGCAGCGCAUCACAACACAAACGGACACAAAAUACUUUGUAUUUAUUAAUUUGGGAAAAUACGCAUAUUGCCCCCACAUUCACAAUGGCUGUUCAUUCUUACCUUUCACAAUAAAAGCCUUAGAUAUAUGCGUAUAUGUGUUUAUAUAUAAUCCUCUACAUAGAACUCCCUGGAUAGUGAGUAGGGAGGAGUGAAAGAGUGAAUGAUUUCGGACUCAGCCGUUUCACAGAAACCAAGGAUCAAUGACUGAUCAAUUGUGGCUGGUGCUGGUGCUGGUCAAAUAAAGUUAAAGAACCACAACAGCAUUUUUGCAGGUUAUAACAAUUUACUAUAAAUCAUAUAUACCUCACAUUACUUUUGGCCAUUUUAUCACAUAUUGUAGUUUGCUGUUUGGAUUUUGUUUCCUACAUCUCAGUAAAGAGUUUCAGUUGACUGUAAAAUCUUAAGAAAAUCAUCUUGAAACAUGCUUGAUAUCGCCAAUCAAGUAAAAUUUGGUGAAGUUACGUUGUUAUUGCUUGGUAUUGCAGUUGAGAGCAGGUACUACUUUGAAAACAGUUCAUGUGUUGGUGCGUUGAAAGACAUAACAAAAUGUCAAAUUUGACAGUUGGCUGCCAUUAAGUAUCACGUUUAUACGUUGUGGUGUUGGAAAAACAUCAAGCAAAUAUUCAUAGUGUUAAAAGCAGAAUAUAAAUCUGGUAUUUGAAAAGUCUGGCUGCUGACUCUCUCUGAGCUCAGUAAGUAUUUGAAUGCAUCAACAAGAAGAACUAUCAAAACAGUUCCUGUGUGUAAACUGCAUUAUAAUGAAGCAGUAAAUGCAAUCUUAGACAAAACAUGUCCAUGUCAAGCAAGUUUCAACUGCAAAUUGACUUUCCACGCUGUACUGAAAUCAGCUGGAGUCAACAGCUGCCUGAAGGCAAGAAAAUCAGCCUGUGCUUUAGAAAAUAA